UACCGCGAGCGUUACCGCUCCGGCCGGGCUCGGCUCCGCCGCGGGCGACGCCACGCGCCCCCCUGGCACGACAAGUGUCCUACCGGGCGGCGUCCCGUGCCCGCGCUUCCGAAAAUACCCUUCACUCCCACGCUUCCAAAACCGCGAGGGGGCCCCCGGAGAGGAGCAAACUGUUUCUGUUGCGAGAGCGAGCGUCUCCUUCGUCGACGUGCGAGGCAGCGGCGAGCAGAGCGUCUCCUCGAUCCCUCCUCGGCCGCGCACUCCUUUUCGUGGCUUCGGCGCCGGCGAUGGACGCCUACUCGAAGGACAUGCCGCGCGGCGUCAGCGGCGGAGACGACGGCGAGAAGAAGGUGCGGCGCUCGGAGUCGCGUACUGAGGAGGUGGACCUUACCCUCGGGCUGUCGCUCGGGGGUCGGUUCGGGGCGAAGAGGAGGAGAGUCGAGGGGCUCGCCGGGUCCUCAUCGGUGGCGGUGGCGCCGCCCGCGCCUGUCGGGACAAACUCAUCGCAGGGGACUGGUUUCCCUCCGAAUGGCGUCGCCGUGGAGCCCUCAGCUUUGCUGCGUGCGACUGCGACCUUGAACCCUUUCCUUGGGAGAGCCGGCGCCGCUGGGUUCCAGCCGUCGGCGACCCCUUUGAUCAGCAGCAUCAAGCAGGAGCCCGUGGAAGGAACUCCUAGGGCUGAAGGGCGGGGCCUGUCAUCAGCUGUUGUGCCCUGGUCUUCUUUAGCAUCAGCGGUGAUGAUAGCCGCAACCCUUGGUUCUAGGGGAGAGCAGCAAGGUGCUUCAGGGAGACCCGCGGCCCUGCGGGAGAUGCCAUUGGUGUGGACGAGAGGGCUCCACAAUGGCAUGAGGACUGUAGGCUUUCUGUACCAGUACAGCAGAGUUGAUGAGCUGAGGAUCAUGUGUGUGUGCCAUGGUAGCUUCCUCACUCCGGCGGAGUUUGUGGAGCAUGCUGGAGGCGGCCAAGUCGCCAACCCGCUGAGGAGCAUCAUCGUCAAGACCCCGUCUUGGCUUUAGACCGGCGCGGCGCGGCGCGGCGGCGCAUGCAUGCAGAUGAGAUCGCCCAAGUGUUAAGCGUAUUACCUUCGAACUAGAAAUCUCAUCGUGAGCUAGACUGCAUCUAUGUUACAGACUUUACAUUACAGUACUUAUUACCUGAACUGAAGACAUUUUUUUUCCGACAAAGCUGAACUGAACUGAAGACAUGGUGGGAGAUUUGCUCCUGCAGACAACUUAAUAGCAAACAUAAAGACAGA